CAGACUGCUUCUACAAACAUUUGUGAAAGAAUGGGUUGCUCUCAGGAGCUCAGUGAAUUCAGGCGUGGUCCCGUGAUAGGUUGUCACCUAUGCAAUAAGUCCAUCCGUGACAUUUCCUUGCCACUAAAUACUCCACAGUCAACUGUUAGUGGUAACAAAGUGGAAGCAACUGGGAACAACAGCAACUCAGCUACAAAGUGGUAGGCCACGUCACAUGACAGAGCACAUGCUGAAGAGCACAGUGCGCAGAAUUCAACAACUGUCCGCAGACCCUUCGUUCCAGUGAAGGGAACUCUUAAGAUGUUGGCAUACCAAAGAAAUUUUGGACAUUUUUAA